AAUGGGGUGAUGAUUAUGGCCAAAGGAUGGGCUCUGAGUUUCAUUGGCUACUCCACGCAGGUCCUCUGCAAGUUUGGCUUUUAUGAAGUCUUCAAAGUGGUGUAUAGCAACAUGCUAGGCGAGGAAAACACAUACCUCUGGCAGGCAUCACUAUAUUUGGCUCCCUCUGCCAGUGCUGAAAUCUUUGCUGACAUUUCCCUGGCUUCUGUGGAAGCUUCUAAGGUUCGAAUUCAAACCCAACCUGGUUAUGUCAACACUUUGAGAGAUGUAGCUCCCAAAGUACAGAUGUACAGGGAGUAAGGAUUAAAUGCAUUCUACAAGGGGGUUGCUCCUCUGUGGAUGAGACAGAUACCGUAUACCAUGAUGAACUUGACCUGCUUUGAACGCACUGUUGAACUACUGUACAAGUUUGUGGUUCCCAAUCCCAGAGAUGAAUGUUCGAAGGCAGAGCAGUUGGUUGUAACAUUUGUCGCAGGUUAUAUAGCUGGAAUCUUCUGUGCAAAGUUUUCUCACCCUGCUGAUUCUGUGGUGUCUGUCGUGAAUAAAGAGAAAGGAAGCACUGCUUCUCAGGUCCUUCAGAGACUUGGAUUUAGAGGUGCAUGGAAGGAACUCUUCGCCCGCAUCAUCAUGAUUGGCACUCUGACUUCCCUCCAGUGGUUCAUUUAUGAUUCUGUGAAGGUCUACUUCAGGCUUCCCCACUCUCCUCCUCCUGAGAUGCCAGAGUCUCUGAAGAAGAAGAAGCUUACGUUAACUCAGUAGAUUGAUCAAACUAAAUGUGGACUAAAACUGUGCGUUGAUCAGUGUUGAGGAAAGUGCAAAAGGAACUUUUGACAGUGUAGAAAAUUGUCUUCCUGAGAGUAAUUACUGCAGUUCUCUUGCAUAAGGAAAGGGUUUCAAACUUACUAUUGAAAUA